AAAUGCCUGUUAAGAGAUGUCUACUGUUGCAUCUAUGCAACUACUGUUGAGUUUUACAUGGAAGUAAUUUGCUUUUCAGAGAUUAAAAAAAUGGAUUUGGCCAACCAUGGACUUAUUCUGCUGCAGCAACUAAAUGCUCAGAGAGAGUUCGGUUUCCUCUGUGACUGCACAGUUGCUAUUGGUGAUGUCUACUUCAAGGCACACAAAUCGGUCCUUGCUUCUUUCUCCAACUACUUCAAGAUGUUGUUUGUUCAUCAAACCAGUGAAUGUGUCCGUUUGAAAGCGACUGACAUACAGCCAGAUAUCUUCAGUUAUCUCUUGCAUUUGAUGUACACUGGGAAGAUGGCACCACAACUCAUUGACCCAGUUCGACUAGAACAGGGAAUAAAGUUUCUGCAUGCAUAUCCACUAAUUCAAGAGGCCAGCCUUGCAAGUCAGGGAACUUUUUCUCACCCGGAUCAAGUUUUUCCAUUAGCAUCUUCAUUAUAUGGCAUUCAGAUCGCAGAUCACCAGAUAAGACAUCCCACUAAGGUUACAUCAGCAACUGACAAACUCGGGCGAGAACCAAGACCACAGACAUCACGGAUGAACCAAGAGCAGGUUUCUGAAGGUUCACAGCUCUCGCAGUUAGCUACCACUCUGCCGCAAGUGACCAGGACAAAUAUGUCCACUUCUGACCCAUUGCCAUCUUCUUUAUCUCCAGAAUUGGUGUCUGCUGCUGGUAAUAACUCACCUGCAGGAGAAGAGGCCAACAUGGAAGCAUCUUCUUCAGAUGAACAACCUGCCCCACUCACAAUAGCACACGUCAAGCCAAGCAUUAUGAAAAGGAAUGGAAGCUUCCCAAAAUACUAUGCCUGCCACCUCUGUGGCCGCCGGUUCAAUUUGCGAAGUAGUUUGCGUGAGCACCUGCAGAUUCACACAGGGGUUCCCUUCACGUCUAGCCAGCAAGGAGAAAGCAAUAUGUCUUUGUCUCUCUGUAACAACACAGCUGAUAAAGAUGCUGUGGAAGUGCCUGAAGCAGGGAUGAUUAGUGACAGCGAGCUGCAGCAGAUCUCAGACUCCCCGAUAAUUGAUGGCCAGCAGCAGUCAGAGACACCACCCCCCUCCGAUAUUGCAGACAUAGACAACUUGGAGCAGGCAGAUCAAGAGAGGGAAGUAAAAAGACGGAAAUACGAGUGUUCCAUCUGUGGUCGCAAAUUUAUUCAGAAAAGCCACUGGAGGGAGCACAUGUACAUACACACUGGUAAGCCCUUCAAGUGCAGCACUUGUGACAAAAGCUUUUGUAGGGCUAACCAGGCUGCCAGACAUGUGUGCCUAAACCAGAGCAUGGACACGUACACCAUGGUGGACAAACAGACUCUGGAACUCUGUACUUUUGAGGAAGGCAGUCAAAUGGACAACAUGCUAGUACAGACCAACAAGCCCUACAAAUGUAACUUGUGUGACAAAACGUUUUCAACUCCCAAUGAAGUAGUCAAACAUUCGUGCCAAAAUCAAAACUCUGUCUUUACGCUAGAAGAAGAUCGCUCCAUUCUGCUAGGUAGUGGGGACACAGAAGCCACAGAGACUGAUAAUGCAGUGUUAGCCUCCAUCAAAAAGGAGCAGGAAGCAGUGUUGUUAGACUGAAUGUGAAACCUAUAUAAAUUUUUUAAAGUUUCUUUACUCAUUUUUUAUUAAAUCGAUUUUUUCCUCCCCAAACCUCUUACCUCACUUAUCCCUGCCAUCUUUUCCACCAGCCUCCUUCCCACCCUUUGUCUUCAGCAACCUGAACUGUA